AAGUCCGAUUACAUUAUUACCCAUCCAUGUGAAAAGACCCAUCUGUCAAUUAGCAGCCACUUAUCCAGGCAAUGGUUUCAGGGCUAUCGGCCUGAACUCCUGCUGAAGCCAUGGUUUUUUGAAACAAACUAGUGUUUCAUGUAAAAAAAUGACCACCUCCAUUUCCCUACAGCCAAGUUUUUGGGCAGGAAUUAAGGCUUUUCAGACUGUAAAUGAGAUGGGUUGUUGUGAAACCCAAGUUGCUGAAUCAGGGUUUGUCUAAAGAACAUUACGACCCAUCUUCUGUUUUUGAACCAGGCCUUUUGAGCCAUGUUUCUGGGAUUUUUGUACUUGGUGGUAAAAUAAGCUUUUAGACUUUGAGGUCCCAAUCCACUUGAUCAAAGCUUUUUUAUAGAAGAACUGGUGUGAAUAUCUUCAUAGCCAUUAAAGCACUGUGGAACUGAAGUGGGUUUCUCUCUUAUAGCCAAAGAAGCAAAGAAAAUUGGGCUUUGCGGCAUGGAAGUGAAGAAGAAGAUGAAUAAGGAGCUCUCUGGUAAGAGGGAUGAUUCCCCUCUUCACAUGGCUGCUAGGGCUGGAAACUUGGCUCUGGCUCAAGAAAUUCUGCGUGAUCCCAGCGAUGGAGAAUCUGGUGAAGUUGUUUUGAAGGGUUUGUUGUUGAAUCAAAACCAAGCAGGGGAGACCCCAAUUUAUGUUGCAGCUGAAAAUGGACACUCAGAAGUCGUGAAAGAGAUUUUGAAGUUUUCGGAUGUUGGGUCAGCUGCGAUCAAGGCAAGGAACGGAUAUGACGCGUUUCAUAUUGCAGCGAAGCAAGACCACAUAGAGGUCCUGAAAGUGCUACUCAACUCUCUUCCCGAAUUGGCCAUGACCACAGAUCCUUCGAAUUCCACUGCUUUACACACUGCUUCAACCCGAGGCCACACUGAUGUGGUCAAUCUAUUGCUGCAAACUGAUGCAAGCUUGGCAAAGAUCGCAAAAAGUAAUGGGAAAACUGCUGUUCAUUCUGCCUCAAGAAUGGGGCAUGCGCAAGUGGUGAGGGCCCUCUUGACCAAGGAGCCAAGCAUAGGUCUUAGGACUGAUACAAAGGGCCAAACUGCUCUUCACAUGGCUGUGAAGGGCCAGAGUGUGGAGGUUGUGGAGGAAUUACUUAAACGCAAUGCAUCAAUGAUCAGCUUGGCGGAUAACAAGGAUAACACUGCCUUGCACAUUGCGACAAGGAAGUGCCGGACACAGAUUUUGCAAACUUUAUUGACGGUUGAGGGUGUCGAUGUCAAUGCACUCAAUAAGGCGGGUGAAACUGCUCUUGACAUUGCUGAGAAAUCCUCACAAGCUGAGAUCAUUUCCCUACUGAGGGGAGCCGGCGCCCUGACCGCUAGAGAACACUCUAACCCCCCAAACCCUACCCGCCAACUAAAGCAAACAGUUAGUGACAUAAAGCAUGAGGUCCACUCUCAGCUCCAACAAACUCGUCAAACAGGGAAACGGGUCCAAAAAAUUGCCAAAAGAGUGAAGAAGCUCCAUAUUGGGGGCCUUAAUAACGCAAUAAACUCUGCAACAGUGGUUGCAGUCCUAAUUGCUACAGUUGCUUUUGCAGCUAUUUUCACGGUUCCUGGUCAAUAUGCAGAGAGUAAGGAUGAGGUUGGUUACUCUCUAGGCCAAGCCCACAUAGCUCAAAGUGCAUCUUUCCUCAUCUUUUUCAUAUCAGAUUCGAUAGCUCUCUUUAUCUCUCUAGCCGUUGUGGUGGUCCAAACCUCUAUAGUGGUGAUCGAGCAAAAGGCAAAGAAGCAAUUAAUGUUUGUGAUUAACAAGCUCAUGUGGAUAGCAUGUGUUCAAAUAUCAGUGGCCUUUGUGGCGCUAUCCUACAUUGUGGUGGGCCACCAUGCUUGGGGGCUCGCUGUGGCUGUGACCGUGAUAGGCAGCUUGAUCAUGGUGGGCACUCUUGGCAUCAUGAGCUAUUGUGUAAUCCAACAUAGGAUUGAAGCUUCAAGUUCAAGGAGAAUAAGGAAGUCAUCAGAGAGUAGGUCAAGGUCGUGGUCUCUAUCUGUGGUCUCUGACUCAGAACUCUUCAAUGAAGACUACAAGAAAAUUUAUGCACUAUAGGAAAUCUAUGUACCAUAGGAAAAAAGGGAAUGUAUUUAUCUUUUAACUUGGAUGUCUGUAGGGGCUACUUUUAUGUAAUCACCCCAAUGACUGUAGAGCCUGCGAGUUUUUGGAGUUUACAUCGGCAUAUAUGGAAGCAGAUGAUAUUCGGAUCAUCCUAUUAUUGAAGAUCAAAAAACAGAUUUGGAGCCUAAAAAACCAUCAAUAUUAUUGAAAGAGGUGAGGCGCCA